AUGAAGUUUAGUCUUUCGCUCGUGGCGCUGGCUGGUCUGGCUGCCUCUACUCCUGCUGGUCUUCAGGAGCGACAGCUCUCCGGAGGAGGCAACGAACUCCGCGAUGGCUCCUGCAAACCCAUCACCUUCAUCUUCGCCCGUGCUUCCACCGAGCCCGGUCUCAUGGGGAUCUCCACCGGCCCAGCCGUCUGCAGCGACCUCAAAAAGGCGAAAGCCGGACAAGUAGCCUGCCAAGGCGUGGGGCCCAAAUACACCGCGGACCUGAUGUCCAACGCUUUGCCCGACAACACGUCCCCCGCGGCGAUCGAAGAAGCCGUGGGCCUCUUCAAGCAGGCUGCGUCCAAGUGCCCAGACACACAGAUCGUCGCCGGCGGCUACAGCCAAGGCACAGCCGUCAUGGACGACUCGAUCAAGAAGCUCCCGGACGACAUCAAGGACAAGAUCAAGGGCGUGGUGCUGUUCGGAUACACGCGCAAUGCCCAGGAGCAUGGCCAGAUCGGCGACUUCCCUAAGGACAAGGUCAAGAUUUACUGCGCGACGGGCGACAUGGUGUGUGACGGGACGUUGAUUGUCGGGCCUGCGCAUUUCACGUAUAUCGCGAACACCGGCGAGGCGAGUAAGUGGCUCGAGGGCAAGCUGGAUUCGAGUAGUUCGAGCUCCUCGUCUAGCUCCGGGUCCGGAAGCUCGACGUCGUCUGGGUCUGGAUCUUCGUCGUCGCAGGCUGCGUCGUCGAGUAGCUCGGGGUCGAGUGAUAGCUCUUCUUCUGGGUCGUCUGGUCUUGGGGGCUUGGGAUCGUUGUUCGGUGGCGGCUCUGGCUCGAGUGAUAGCUCUAGCGAUGAUUCUUCGUCUGGAUCGUCUGGCGGUCUGGGAUCUUUGUUCGGUGGUCGUUAAGAUGCUUGGAUGGGCAAUGGGUUGAGGUUGAGGUGGAGGUUAGAGUGGGAUGAGUGGGAUGGUGGUUAGAGUGAUUGAUGUUCAUGGCUUAUGGUUAGAUGGGUUUGUUUCUAUGGUGCUAGGGUAG